GAGAGAGGAGAAGGGAGGGAAGAAGAGGCGGGAGAGAGCGAAGGGAAGAGGGCGGUGAAGAAGAAAGAAUAUGGGAAUAUGGGAAUAUGGGAAUAUGGGAAUAUGGGAUGUGAGAGAUCAAAUCAUUAGUUUCCUUUUUUUCUCUUUCAUAAAUUAUUGUUGUUCUUCCAUCAUUCUGCCAUUGCUGUAUUCUGAUUUCUUGCUGUGGCUAUGCGGAACGGCGCCCAUGGAUUCUUCCAAAAUGUGGCUGCGCUUCUUCUCUGUCUCUCUGCUCUUUGCUCUUUGCCUUUACCACAAUCCGAAGAGCCUCCUCAGGAAUGCCCUAUGGUUAUGACCUCGCCCAUUGCGCCAACUAAAUCGUACACAUAUACAACAAGUACUCGAUGAACUCUGCGGAUCAGCUCUGCAACUUUGAAGCUGCUGCACAAAUCUCACAGCCAAAGCCAGAUGGAGAAUCAAAGAAACAGGUUAGAAGGAGGCGCCAUAGCCGGCGGCGGCUUUACAAGGAAAUGCCUCUGGAUAUGGCUGAGGCUAGAAGAGAGAUUGUAACUGCACUUAAGCUCCACAGAGCAUCAACCAAAGAAGCCAGAGAGCAGCAACAAAAACAAGACCAACAAAUUAAUCAAUCAAUUCCUAUAUUUCCUCAAUUAGGCCCAUGUUUUGAAGGUGAUGGAAGAAGGAAAUCCAGAAGAAACACCAGGACAUACCCAGAUUGUUCAUUUUAUUUGGAAAAUGGGUCUGGUUUUGUUGCUCCUCCAUCUGUUGCACAGAAUCUCAUUACAGAAAUCCCUACACAAUCAUUUGAUGAUGAUUUCAAAACCUCUUCAUAUUGUCCACUUUCAUUCUGGCCCCCAUCUUCAUAUAUUUAUCCCACUGUUUCUUGUUCUGCUACUCAUCAGGAAGUUCCCAAAUCAAUUUCAUUAUCUGAGGAAGAAGGGAAUUUAAUGGCUUCCGAUGUGUUUUGGUUCAAUAAUGACCAAAAAGAUAUGCAGGAGGGGGCAGUGGAGGAGGCUAGGGCUAGGGCCAUGGCUGAGGUCAGGCCCAUGACCAUGGAUGUGAAAGCUUUGGAGAGUGAUGGUCACCAUAGUUGUGAAAAUCCUAUGGAAUUUUCAGAUUGGCCGAGUAUUAAUGAUGAUUUUUUGCAGCAGCAUUCGAAUUAUCAUUGCGUAGAGGAGGAUUAUCUUCAAGAUCCUGACCUAUCCUGGUAUCAAUUUAACCUUUCUUAAUAUCAAUGAAAUUCAACGCCAGAUAAAGAAUACAUAUAAGGAGCUAGCUUGUCUUUCAGCUACUUAUACAGUUCUAGUUUCUCUGGGGUUUUUUUUUUGGGAGGUUCGAUACAUAUUUUGGAUUUUGCAGUUUCGACAUAGGGAAGAUUGAAGAUGUCGGUGGAGAUUGGUUAGAGCAUGAUUGUGUGGUUUUAUCUCAUACCAAGAAAAUGAGGAAUCUUUUUCCGAAACAUGAUCCUCUCCCCCUAUUUGAAUCAAUACUUUUUCUAUUAAUUAUAAGCAUCUCUCGU